AGGCUGCUACUGCCUUGGUGCUAGGCGUCCUGGUGUGGGCUUUGGUCGGAACUGGUGUUGAUAUGUCUGCCGCCAACUUUGACAUCGCCAUCAAGGAGACUUUGGAGGAUGUCUCUGAGGUGGUGUUUUUCCUUCUGGGUGCUUUGACCAUUGUGGAGAUCAUGGAUGCACACAAAGGCUUUGACAUUAUCACAAAGGCUAUUCAGGCCAAGACCCAGAAGGAGUUGCUGAUCAUCAUCGGUGUCCUUACUUUCGUGCUUUCAUCCGUGUUGAACAACUUGACCGUUGUCAUUGUCAUGAUCUCUCUGCUUCAGAAGCUCGUGAAGGAUGAGGAUUUCCGCAUGAAGCUUGGCGGUCUGGUGGUGGUUGCUUCAAACGCUGGGGGAGCAUGGACGCCUAUUGGCGACAUCACUACAACCAUGCUCUAUAUUGGCGGACAGGUUACCACGGUUCCGUUGCUCGCCAACCUUUUCGUCCCCAGCGUGCUCUGCUUGGUGGGCACUCUAGGCUAUGAAUACAUUCAGAUGGAAGAUAAGCCCUUCGAUCGGGAUGCUGCUUCUACCGAGGAUGAUGAUGUGCCAAAUGGCCAGGCAGUUGUGUUCUGGGGUGGUCUCUUCGGCAUGAUCACUGUGCCCGUCUUCACGGCUCUCACGCAAUGCCCUGCAUGGAGCGGGAUGAUGCUGGUUUUGGGUUUGCUUGGCCUGAUCACUUCUUUGCUGCAUGGCCCAGAGGAUGAAAAAUACUCCUUGAAGGGUGCGCUUACCCGUGUUGAGGUGCCUGAUGCCCUCUUUUUCCUUGGUGUUCUCUUUGCUGUUGGCGGUCUCGAGCGAGUGGGACUUCUGAAGGAAUUUGCCGUGCAGUUGAGCGCCCUUGUACCAUACGAUGCAUUGGUUGCAAUUUUCCUUGGCUUUGCAUCCGCCAUCGUCGACAAUGUUCCAUUAGUUGCUGCUGCUCAGGGAAUGUACGAUCUGGGUCAACAUCCUUCCAACGAUGGCCUGUGGAAUCUGAUCACGUACUGUGCUGCAACCGGUGGCUCACUCUUGGUCAUCGGAUCCGCAGCAGGAGUUGCCUUCAUGGGUAUGGAGAGGAAAGUCUCCUUCGGAUGGUAUGUGAAGAGCAUUGGACCUGCUGCGCUCGCGGGCUACUUCUUGGGUGUGGCUGGAGUGCUGGGCCAGCAGGCCUUGGGGCUGAGUGUGGCGUGAGUUCAUGGGCAAAGCACCCUAAUCCUGCGUUAAAUCUGCUUUCAGUGAUCUAUGC